AUGAAACUGAAGAAGGAACGAGGAGAAGAAGGAGGAGAAGAAGACCUCUGCGAAGCAGCAGAGGUCAGCGAGGAAGAGGAUAAAGAAGAUGAUCCAGAGGUCUCAGAUGAUGCUUCAACACGAUGCCUGGGCGAGCUAUCCCAGGAUGAGAGCUCUGAUGAUGAGACCGAAAAAAAUGAGGAGCAGAAGGAUGAGAAUCCAAAGGUGAUGGAGGAAGAGGAGGAGGACAGAGACGCUAAGGAUGGGAAGGCAGAGGCAAGAGAGGAGAAGGAAGAGCAGGCCAUGAUGAUGUCAGAGAAUUCGAAGCCGAAGGCAAAGGAGGAGGAGGAGGAUAAAGAAAAGAAAGAAGUGAUGAUCCCAGAGGAUUCAGAGUCAAAGGCAAAGGCGGAUGAGAAGGAUGAGAGCAGUUCUGAGCCAGAGCCAAACAAGGAGCAGAAUAAAGACCAGCCAAAAGAGGAGGAGAAGAAUGAUGAGCAGGCGAAGCCAAAAGACAAGGAGAAGAAGGAUGAGCAGGCUAAGCCAAGAGAGGAGAAGAAGAAAGAUGAGCAGGCAAAGCCAAGAGAGGAGGAGAAGAAAGAUGAGCAGGCAAAGCCAAGAGAGGAGGACAAGAAGCAUGAGCAAGCAAAGACGAUCCCAGCAGCUUCGAAACAACAGGCAAAGGACACUGAGAAGGGGCCAAAAAGAAAAUCUGAGACAAAGGAUACAAAUCCAGAAAAGGGCAGCAGGAAGGAGCAAAAGGUCAAGGAGGAGGAGAAGUCAAAGAAAUCCAAGGAAGAGGUUUCCAGGAAGACAAAAGUGCAGGAGCAAUCAGAGGUAGAGGCGGAUGAGUCAAAGAAAGCAAAGACAAAGGCAAAGGAGGAGAAGGUAGAAGGCAUCCUGGAAGGGAAGACAGCGAAGGCAGCAGAGGCAGGUCAUAGAAAAGAAACAGACAAAGAGAAGAAGAUAAAGGCCAAAAUGAAGAAAGAGAAGAAAGAUGAUAAAGAUCAGGAUGGGGAGGAGGAGGAGGAAGCCCCAAAGAAAAAGAGAAAAGAGAAGAGGGAAGAGCAGAAGAGAGAAUCUGAAGAUGAAAAGAAAGAGGCCCGCCAGGCCAAGCGCAAUCGACACCUCGAGCAGUUUCCGGGGAAAAAGGAAGCAGGCGAAAAGUCGUUGCCCCCAGUCACUUCGGCUGCAGAAGCCCUUGCCUUUACUUUGGACCAAAAGAAGCAAGACGCCUUGGGCGAUGAAAGUGCUGCUCAGAAAGCUGUGGGCGCAUUCGGGGACCGAAAGCCUUUGGUCGAUUUGCCGGCGUCCUACGAUCUGUCUGAGCAGGCAGCUAUCUUCCUAUCCUGUCUGGAAGCUUCGAGAAAGAAGACAGCCCAAAAAGCUGUUCGCAAGAUGCUGAGGGCUGAAAAGAAGAAGCCAGGUGCAAAAGACAAGAGAGAUGAUGAUGAGGAGGAAGCAAAGGAAGAUGAAGAAAGUUCUGAGGAUUUGAACCAGGCACGUGAUGCCCAGCUACAGAAGUUUUUCGAUGAAGGGAAAGGGUUCAAGGAUGCCAUCCCCGACAAGAAGCGACCUGCUUCCAGCGACGAUGAAGAUGACUCCCGCCCCCCUAAGAAGACGAAGGCCAGAGGCUCCAAGGAGAAAGAGAGCGACACAAGCUCCAAUGACGACAGUGAUGAAGAUGGGGAGUCUGAUGACGACAGGCUUUCCACUGAUGCUUCAAAGAAGGAGUUGUCUGAUAUGCCCAUCCUCUCGCCCCGCAGUGCAAAGCCCAAAAAGACAAAGGAUCCCGAGAAGAAGAAGACAAUCUUGAGCGAGGACCUGAAGCGACGCAAUCUGGUACAAGUUGCAAUGCUGAAAUCUACCCAAAAGCAGUUCGUCCACCCGUCCUGGAAGGUGAUCCAGGAAGCUGGGGGAUGGACGAUGCGGGCGCCACCGAAGUCCGACUCCCCGUCCCCUAGCAGCCUCCAGGUUUUGCUGAAUGGGAGAUUCUAUGUGUACCAGGCUUCUGACAGCAGGCUGAAGAAAGUGAACGCAGCGCUGAACCUGAACUACAAGGCCCGUUGA